AUGUUUGCUCAGACAUUUAUACGUCGCUGCAAUGGCGGCUGCCGGGACUUCAGGGCUACCUACUCUACAACUACAAAUGCAGCCGGAACUUCUCCCGCCGCUACCAAAUUCUUGCCGGAGUAUCUCACGAACUCACUGGGAUUCUCGCGACAAGAAUCCGCGUCUUUAGCCGCCAAGGUAACCCGCUUUGCAUCCACAACAAAACCCAAAUUGGUUGUAGAUUUCUUGAAAAAAAUGGGCCUUGAUUCGACCCAGAUAAGGAAAUGUGUUUCCAGAUUCCCCAAAUUGCUGUACAUCGACGUUGACAAAACCCUAAACCCCAAACUCCAGUGUCUCCAACAACAACUCGGGCUGUCCGGGUCGGACCUGUCGGAUAUGAUUGAAAAAGGUCCAAAAUUUCUUGAAAGGGGAUUAGAUUCCAACCUCAAACCCAUCCUAGAUUUUCUCAAACAAGUAUUUGGGAACAAUGAGGAUGUUCGUACAAUCAUAAAGAUUUAUCCUUGGUUACUAAGCAUCACUUGUCAGGCUAUGCAGGAAAACUUUUCCUAUUUUCAGAAGCUAGGGUUUUCAAAUGAGAAGAUCAAAUGGUUUAUAGCUAGGAGACCAAAUGCAUUGCAGUUUCCUCCUCAAUGGUUUGAGGAAAGGGUGAAUAUGCUGGAGAAAGACUUCAGCAUUCCCCGCGAUUCCCGUAUGUUCUUCUAUGGAAUGUAUGCAAUAACCUCUGUAAGCAAGUCAUCAAUGGACAAGAAAAUGGCAGUGUUUAGGAGUUUUGGGUGGUCUGACUCAGAUAUAGUCACUAUGUUUCAUCAUCAACCGUUUUACUUUACACUCUCCGAGGCUAAUAUCAGAAAGAAAUUGGAUUAUUUCAUGAACCAACUAGGGUACAAACCGGAUUUUUUGUCCACGCGUUCUCUUUUCACAUAUAGUUUGGAGAAGAGAGUAUUGCCAAGGGUGAAUGUGUUGAACACCUUGAAGGAGAAGAAGCUGGUUGUGAAAACUCAUUGUCUUUAUAGCAUUAUUUGCCUCACAGAAUUGAAGUUCGAAAAGAUGUUUCUGCUGCCCUAUAAAGAUGUGGUACCUGACAUGUAUGAAUCAUACCAGGGAAGGUUGGGGAGGUAG